CAAAACACUACCACCACCAUCUCUCUAUACACAUACUCACACACAUUCACUGUGUGUUUUUGAGUGAAUUUCUUUUACUAAAAAGAAGAGAUGAUGGAUAAAGUGUCCCACUUGUUUUUGUAAGUGUGUGUGUGUUUUUUCACGUACUCAUUCAAACUCAAUAUACACACACUCUCCUCUCUGGACACAGAGCACACCAUUUUGUCAUUUUGUUUUCCAGUUUUGUUUCUGGUGUUGUCGCUUCUUAUUGCAGAUGAUUGAGAAACUUUGCAACGAGAAGGGUUUGAAAGAAGGGUGUUGAUGAUAAUCAUCGUGUUCAUGUGCAGCUGAUUCUGAAAACCCACUCUGUUUUCAAGAAUUUUUUGUUGGAUGUGAAAAUGGAAGCUUUCGAAGCUGCAAAAAUUGUGUACAAUAGAAUACUAGAAACAGAAUCAGAGACCAUUACUCGUAAAAUAAUCGGUUACAUAUACUUACUUGAUCAUGCUGACAGAGAAAUGAUUCGCUUAGCAUAUUGUCCUGACAAUCUCAUCCAAAACCUAAUUCAAAAAGCCAAAAUCGAACUGAAUUUACUCGCAAAACCACCUCCUUCACCUCCCAUAUCACCUUCACUUCAAUUCAGCCCAAUAUUGCAUUCACAUAGACCCUUUUCGGCUCCACCAAAUCUACAAAUCCCAUCCCCAACCCCUAAUUGGGAUUCACCGUUCCACUAUCCAAACAUGGUUCUCGAUGAUUGUAGGUAUCAAAAUCAAAAUCAUGAUAAUUUUAUAGGUUUAGGAGAGCAAUUCGAACCUUUUAAUCGAGAAAUCACAAGUUUUACUGAAAGUUGUUAUUCCCCAGAUGGGAAUUUUAGUGUCAGAGGUAGAAGAGACGUAAUACCCACAAAAAUCUGCCAUUAUUUCAGUAAAGGCCAUUGUAAACACGGCAAUAAAUGUAAGUUCUUACACUCCCAAUCUCUACACGACUUUAACAAUGAACUUAUGGGUGAUGAUCAAGCUUCAUUUUCACCGGGUUCACUUGAAAAACUCGAGUUUGAGAUCACGGAAAUCUUGAAAUCAAGAAGGGGUAAUCCAAUUUCAAUUGCCUCAUUGCCUAUGAUCUACUAUGAAAGAUACGGAAGGACCCUUCAAGCAGAAGGGUACCUAACUGAAAGCCAAAGGCACGGGAAAGCCGGUUAUAGUUUGACUAAACUUCUUGCACGAUUAAAAAACAGCAUUCGCCUCAUUGACAGUUGCAGACCUCAUGGACAACAUUUCCUAGUUUUGGCUGAUGAUGCAUCGAUGUACAUGGAAAACCGGUAUGAUAGGAGCAGUUUGAGUCCGGGCCCUAUUGUUAGUGGGUCAAAGCAAAUAUAUUUGACUUUUCCAGCCGAUAGCACUUUCACCGAAGAUGACGCUGCUAACUACUUCAGUACGUAUGGUCCAGUUCAAGAUGUGAGAAUUCCUUGUCAGCAAAAACGGAUGUUUGGGUUUGUGACUUUUCAUAAUUCGGAAACAGUGCAAAUGGUUUUGGCGAAAGGGAACCCACAUUAUGUUUGUGGUGCCCGUGUUCUUGUGAAACCUUAUAGAGAAAAAUUGAAGUUGUUUGAUCGAAAGUACUUUGAGAAACUUGAGGGUCCGAUGUGUUACCAUUCACACCAUAUAGACAUGGACCCUGAUCUUCAAGCUAGGUUAGACUCGACUAGAUUAUUCGGUAGGCAACUAGUGGAUGAGCCCGAAGUAGCAGUACAACUAGAGAUGAUGCGCCUAUCACAACUUCAGUUGGCACAUGGAUCUUCCUAUCUUGAAAACACCUUCAAUGAACAAAAACCGUUUGAAGAUCAAGCUGAUAAUUCCAAGUUCCAAUCUCCAAAGCUCAUCACACAUCUGUUAGAUCAUGCAGGAGCCAACUACACCGAUCAUGACAACGAAAACAGUCAAGGGUUGAAUCUCCCAGAUAGCCCGUUUGCGUGCAACAAGGCAUCUAGCAAGCAAAUGUAGUGGAAGUAGCAAUAAAAGAACAACAUUUAGAGUGAAGUGAGAGGUAAAUAAUAGCAAAUGGAACAUGGAAAGAAGGAGAAAGAUUGAAUAGAAAGCAAUGCGACAAGUAUAGUUUUAGUUCAUUCCAUGAAGCAAAAUAGCAAUGGAAAUAUGUUUUCUUAUUAAUGAUAGAUAAACGUGUUAAGAAAUUUCGGGUUUUGGGUAAAAGAUGUUUGGGAAUUGGUAGAUGAAGUAUAGUAGCUAAAUGAAUAUUCUAUAUUUUAGUAACUAUAAUCGGUUACAGGAUAACUAGAGGUGGUAAAUUAGUCAAAAAAAAAGGUUAUUUUAAUGAAGUGAAAUGGGUUGCAUUGAUUGGUCAA